AUGUCGUUCCUUUCGCAAGUUGGAGCUAAUAGUAUGCUAGUUGAGUUGACCCUUGACCCCAGAUUAAAGUUUUGGGUGCUACUGCCAAUAUCAAUUGUAAUGCUAGUAGUGGGGGUGUUUCGUCAACAGAUAACACAGCUUAUAGGGAAUAAGGUGAAGACAGUAUCAAGGGCUAAGGUAACGGAAAAUCAUUAUAUUAGCAAAGCUCAAGCAUUGCUGGGUAAUGGGUUGAACUUACACGAAGAAUCAUUCAGAGUCAGGCAGGAAUACUUGGCAAAUGUCCUAUCAGAAGGAAAAUACUUGGCCAUGAAAGACCAAUCGAAUGAUGUACAGAACAUUCUAAGUGAUCCAAAUACUAUGGAUACUAUGGUUAAUAUGGCUGUGGGUAACUUUGCCAACUAUAUUCCGCAGACCUUAAUCAUGUGGUGGGUUAACUACUUCUUUGGCGGAUUUGUUUUAAUGAAGCUGCCAUUUCCAUUAACUAUAAGGUUUAAAGAGAUGUUACAAAGUGGUGUAUUGAGUUCCGAUCUUGAUGUUCGCUGGGUUAGCAGUAUAUCAUGGUACUUCAUUUCAAUGUUUGGUUUAGAUCCCCUCUACAAUUUACUCUUUGGCAACACUGAGAUUGAUGAUUUUGAAAUAUCAAUGCAACAACAAUUUGUAGGGUCCGCAAUGCCUGGAGGACCGGCUCCAGAUGUUCUAAUGAAGAACUUUGCUAACGACCUAACUAUUGCACAACAUGAAUCAUGUUUCAAUGGCAUUGAAAAAAGGGUUUUGGCUAUGUAUAGUUAA